UCUCACCUACCCUUCUCUCCUAUAAAAGAACACGUUUAUCUCGCAAAACAAUUAUCAGUUUGCAUAAAUCUUUCAUUCCUCAGCUUCUCGGUAUCCAAAAUUCAUUCACAAUUGUGAUCCUCUCGAUUAUUUCUCAAAAUUCUCGGCCAAAAUGAUGUCCGCAAAGAGUAGCGAUCGAGAAGCAGAAGUAAGAGCAUUUGAUGAAACAAAAUUAGGAGUUAAGGGAAUUGUUGAUGCUGGUGUUACAACCAUUCCCUCCAUCUUCAUUAACCCAAUUUCUAAACGACUCCCACCUCCGAAACCAAACUCCACUGGUUGUGAUGGCCAGUUUAAUUUUCCAGUCAUUGAUCUUCGCGCUAGUGAAAAUGGUUUAGACCACUGGAAGAAGGUUGUUGAGGAGAUUCGAGAAGCUUCAGAGACAUGGGGUUUUUUCCAAGUGAUAAACCAUGGGAUUCCAGACACCGUUUUGGAUGAGAUAUUGAAAGGAGUAAAAGGGUUUUUUGAGCUAGAUAAUGAGGUGAAGAAAGGUUACUAUUCAAGAGACUUUGCCAAUGAUAAGUUUGCUUAUCAUUGUAAUGCUGAUCUUUAUAGUGCAGUUGCAGUUAACUGGAGGGAUAGUUUUCUUUGUUAUAUGGCUCCCAAUCCUCCUACUCCCGAUGAAAUACCUCCAGUUUGCAGGGAGAUACUAAUAGAAUAUUCAAAGCAAGUAAUGAAGUUGGGAAAAAUGUUGUUCGAGAUACUAUCAGAGGCAUUAGGAUUGCAACAAUGUCACCUACUUGAUAUGGGUUGUCUUGAUGGGCUAAGUAUCUUAGGUCAUUAUUAUCCAGCUUGUCCGCAACCUGAAUUGACUAUCGGUACCCCAAAACAUGCCGAUGGUUCUUAUAUAACUAUUUUGUUGCAAGACCAACUUGGUGGCCUGCAAGUUCUUCACCAGAACCAUUGGGUUGAUGUUCCUCCUGGGGCAUUAGUUGUUAAUAUCGGGAAUGCUUUACAGAUUGCAUCAAAUGACAAGUUUAAAAGUGUGGAACAUCGAGUACCCGCUAAGUAUGCAGGACCAAGAAUAUCCAUUGCAUCCUUUUUUAGCACAUUUUAUCUAGAGACAACACAAAAAUACGGACCUAUCAAGGAAUUACUAUCUGAUGAAAAUCCUCCAAAAUAUCGCGAGAUCACGAUGAAAGAGUAUUCUAUUUACAACAUGAAAAAAGGACUUGAUGAAACCUCUAACCUCGAUUAUUUUAGGAUAUGAUUUGCAUUGAAGUUCGUGUUUCUCUACAUCGAGGUGUGUCAAAGUAUUUUGUCAAAUAAGAGACCAUUGUAGUUCUUCCAACUUGGUUAAGUUUGUUUUAGACAAUUUAGUUUAAGAAACUAUUGCGGUGUUUUAAUUUGUAUUCGUCUGUUUCGUUCAUGUCAAUCGAAUUUUUGGGAAUUUUCCUUAUAAUAUUCAAAAUCAUAUUUAAUUUUGA